CUACUAUCAGCCAACACGCCUGGUUACCUUGAGAAAAGUCGAGCGCUCGCAUAACUCUCAAUUGUGCAUUGGUUAUCUUGUUUCUCCCAGCAUGCAUCAAUCAGGAGUCUGCUUCUGAUUUCUUCUGUCUCCUAGACUCAACCCGGUUGAGUGGCUGAUAUAAAUCUGCUGUGUGACACGUCUAUUAAUCACCGGCAGAGCCCACACCCUCUGUCGAGCACAGGACAAUCUUGCAUCUCCAACAAGCUUCAGUUAUCUGCCUUUUGGCAAAGGUCUCGCCACCAGAACCAUGGCUUCUACCACCACCACCAAACCUUCCCUCCCGGUUAGGACUUCUGGAAGCAAGAAACCGGGCAGGAUGACCAAAGCUCCAUUUUAUGCCACUUCACCAAUAUGGAAAGAUGUGACACCCAUACCACUAAUCGAUGGACCGCCAUUGCAACCCGGCCAGACCGACCCAGGCCCUGCCCUUGCCUCGAUUGCCUAUUCCCCACGAUAUUCAGAAGCCAUGUCAUAUCUCCGGGCUGUCAUGGCAGUCAACGAGGGGAGUCGUCGUGUGCUUGAUCUCACUGAGGACAUCAUCUCAAUGAAUCCCGCCCACUAUACCGUCUGGCUGUAUCGGGCAGAGUGCUUAAAGGCGGUAUGGAAGCGAGAAGGUCUGGAUGUUCAGGACGGGGUGACCGAGGAAUUGCAAUGGCUAGAAGGAAUCAGUGAGAAGAAUCUGAAGAACUAUCAGAUCUGGCACCAUCGCCAACUCCUCCUCUCCCUGAUGCCCAGUCUCCCCACCAAUGAGACCGACUUCCUUGCCCGUAUUUUAUCCUUCGACACCAAGAACUACCACGUCUGGAGCUACCGCCAGUGGCUCUGCCGACGGUUCCCUGAUCCACUUCUCAACACAGACAUGGAAUUGCAGGCCAUGGACACCAUGCUCACGGACGAUGUCCGGAACAACUCAGCCUGGAAUCAUCGGUACUUUGUAUGCUUUGGGGCCGAGGAGCUCCGAGUAAUUGAAGAGCAACAGCAGCCGUCUGGGUCGGGCGCCAACCGGCGACAAGUGCUCGAGAAGGGCCGAGGCUUACUCUCCGUCACUGACGAAGAGAUAAUACAACGCGAGAUCAACUAUGCCAAAGAUCGAAUCUACUGGGCGCCACAGAAUGCAAGCCCUUGGAAUUACCUUCGUGGCGUCCUGAAGAGGGCCGGCAUGGAAUUAGGAGAAAUGCAAGUCUUUUGCGAGAGGUUGGUGGGUGGUCAGGACGGUGACCUCCUCAGUGAGCAAAACGUCAAGAGCAGUCAUGCCCUGGACUGGUUGGCAGAGAUCUAUCGCCGCGACGGCAAUCUCAAGAGAAGUAGACUGUGCUUGACCGCGCUAGCCACAAAGUGGGAUCCUGUGAGACGCAAGUAUUGGGAAUACAGGGCUAGAGAACUAGGUGAUCUGGAAGAGGGGAAAGAUGAAAGUGAAUGAACGAAUGAAUGAAUCUUCAAUGGCGGUCUACCCCGAUGAGAGGAUCAAGAGCGAUCGAUCGAUGUACGAUUCACCAACGUCAGGGUCAAUGUUGCCAAUUUGCGACACCAAGAAACGGGCAACUCAGCAGGUGCAAAGCCCGCCGAAGCUAUCACGAGGAAUCGCCAUGUUGGCUAACGAUGGGUAUGAUUGACCACGCCAGCGUAGGUAAAUUGGUGUGACAAUGGAAAUUUUUCAAGGGCUUUGCGUGCCCUCAUGGGGACAUCAGCUCAAAGUGUUGAAUCU